AAGUCUGGCCUGUCUCCAAAACAACAACAAACAACCGCAUCCUUGUUGGUGGGCAGACUCUCUUCCGGAUCGCCCGCAUUCCCUCGCCUCCCCAUCAUGGCCAACGUAGCCGUGACCGUCGAGACCUCGGGUGAAAACCAAGUGGUCGAAGUGGGCUACGAUGGCCAAGAGAUCCUGGCCCCGCCGCUCACUCUGGCCGAACAUUUGGCCAAACAAGCGUCGAAAAUCGACUUUGAAGAUCCUCGUGAUCGCGAAGAAGGUCUGUUGCGCGGUGACGGAUCCGACGAUGGCGACGACCUCAAGGACGCUGAUCUGACCGAAGCUGACGAAACCGAGGACGAGGAUGAGAGCGAUGACCCCAAAAGUAGCGCCACCUGGCCUUGGGAGCCGGUCCGGAACAAACUCCGCGAUGCCCUGACGGAAAUGUCCGUGUUGGCCGAUGUCAUCACCGUGGCCACCAAGGAAUGCGGCAAAGAUCCGGUGACGGGCAACCCCAAGCGGUACAUGGUCCUAGAUGGACCGGUCCAAUUGGAACAAGGCGAAGGCACCGGACCACGCCCCUAUGUGUCGCUCCUGGCCAAGAAGAAGAGUCUUGACGGCCCGGCCAAGAUUCUGUUGGCCGGGGCUGAGCAUUUAAAGACUCUGCAAAGUGAGAAUAAGAACAACCGCACAGCGCAAGAUUUUCAUUUUGAGCUUUUGAGGCUAAGACAGAAUUGGCGAUUAAAGAAGGUGUUGAAUACCAUUCUGGGCGAUUUGAGCUAUCGCACCGCGGGAUCGCAAUUCAAACAAUCUGGCGUGUUUGAAGUGGUGAAAAGUGAUGAAAAUGGGCCGGAAGGCUCGGCUCCUCCCGGUGCCGCCGCUACCACGCCCUCAGGCGGACAUGAGGAUGGGAGUAAGGGUGGGGCGCAGAAAUCCGCCCUCAAAGUGAACGUCCCGUCCGAUUUGGAAGGUAUUGCGUACAUUCAAGUGACGAUCCAAACCAGUCAGAACGAGCCUGAGCAAUUGCUGUCCGCCAAUCUGUCGGAUUUCGGGGCGUUUGGCGCCAAUCCCCCCGAGAUGCAUUGGCAAAAGAAGCUGGAAGCCGCGCAAAAUGUGCUCUUUUGUAAGGAGCUCUUCUCUCAAUUGGCCAAAGAGGCCAUUCAAUUGCAGGCCCCGAUCCCGCAUAUGGUGGUGGGUAAUCAGAUUUCGGCCAGUCUGUUCACAGACAUCCAACUGAUCAUUUCUUUGUGUCAUUCCACGGGGUCAGAGAAGAAAGGCCCGGCCAGAGCCAUUCAGAGUCAGUUGGUCCACUCUCACGUCUUGGAACACUCUCUGCACCAAUUACUUCGUCUUCAACACAGUCGAAAUAUCAAUCCGGACGCUCCCGCCUUGAGCUCGGCCCCGAUUGGGAUUUCGAAGAGACGGAGGCUGGCCGGACCUCGAGCCGCAGACCGACAAUCCUUGAUCGAAAUGGCCACGCAACCCACUCUGUUGGAACAAAUCAUUCAACAAGCUCAACAUGUGGUCUUGAGACUUCGCACCAUGUUCGUGUUAGAUACUAUGGCCCGGGAGUUGAAAGACCCGUUGAUCUCUUGCCAUUUGGGCACCCUGAGCUCGCCAAUCCGAACCUCGGUCAAGGUGAGCAUCGUGACGUCCGGGUAUGACUCCAUUCUUCGCACCCCGUUGGUCAUUCAUGUGGGAGAGAAACAGCUUACUGUGGUCUGCAAGGAUGGGCGCGUGCUACAUUUCAGUCAUGAACCGCAGGAAUUCAGGGACUUCAUAUUCUGCCAAAUCUCACAACAUCAGAUCAACGGAGUCCAAGCCCUCGCCAAAUGUAUGGGCUGGCACGUGCUCUCAUCAUCCAAUAAUCUGGGCUGCGGAUCCGUCGAGCCCAUGGGCGGUGCCACGGGUUGCUUGCUCUCGAAUCCGGCUGGUGAUCGGUUUAUCGCCAUUCGUCAUAUUCCGCCUCCACAAACCAGUGUCUGGGUUUCCUCCGCCCCUUGUAAGGAUUUCUAUCCUGGGGGUGUGGUGAAGGAUCGGAAAUGGGAAAAAUUGCCAGACUCCUUCCAGGAACUUCGCCUCGAUAAAAUGGAUGGCAAGAAUCUACUGAACAAACUUGAGCUUCUCAUGGCAUCUUUGUCAGGGAAUGACACGCCUACCAUUGCUUCGAACGGAUCGAGUUUUAUGUAACCAAUCAAUUCGCAGAUUAUUAAUAAACAUGAACCAAACCGCUAAAA